AUGUUAAAAAAGAAGAAAAGAAACUGGCUGUUAUACGUCAAAUUAUUUUUAAAAGUUAUAAAAACUUAUUUUGAAAAUUGAAAUUAUAUUAAAAUAACUAUCAAAAUUAUAAUAAAAUGGUGGUUACAGUAUUUUGGAUGCAAUCUUGGAUAAGUUUGAUGAUAGCUGUAGUUAGCUUAAUUAUAUUGAUAUUAUUCAUAGUUUUCUGUAUUUGUUUUGGUAGUAAGAAAAAAGAUAAUCGCUUAUAUAUAGUAGAUGAAAAAGAUUCAACAAAAAAUAACGUAAAAAAGGAAAUAACAACGACUUCCACGUAUAAUUUGAACAUAUUUAGAAGGUUAUCUAGUCAUACAGAGCCUGAAAAUACGUUCACUUCAAAGCAUUUACCAUUCUAUAAUUUAAAAGAUGAAAAAAGAAACGAAUCCGAUUUAGUUGACUCGUUAGAUGGUUCAAAAAGUUUUGAUCAAUUAAUAUUGAAAUUUAAAGACACUGAUGUUUCUUCAAAUCCUAAAGACGAAAUUAGAUCCUGUGAUAGCUCUGAGUCUCUAAAUAGUUUUUAUUCGGCACAUCGAUCAACAAAAGGAACUUCAAGAGAAAGUUUUUUCAGUUUAAUAUCAGAAUGUUAAAUCAAUAAUGUUGAUUAUUAAAUUUUGUUUUAAAUGAAAAUCAAUGUUAAUAAGACUGAACUGUUAGUUAUUUAAGAUAAAAACAUAUAUUUUUGAAUUGUUUACUAUUUUUUCAUGUUAAAUUAUAUAUAUACUGAAAAAAAUGUAUUUUUAAAACUAUUUAUAGUUUUUAUAAAAUUAAAGAGCUAAAUAAAUUGUUAUGGUUCUGUUCAAAAAUAAACAAGUUGGAUGUUGUGGA